AUGAACAAUAUAGCUAUAAGGAGAACCUCUUUGAGACUGUUAAGGGCCUCGAAGACGCCAAUUGGUUUAUGCAAUAGAGUUUCUUGGUAUACUACAGCAACCAAUGCCCGAAAUCAGGAUAGUAGUAUUAAGAAAAAGAAAUUGAGUGAAAUUCAUGUCACAGAAGAACCUAAAAGAAAGGUAAAAUUUGAAAAACAAAAUAACUCCAAUAAUUACCUAAAGUUUUCAACAUGGAAGGCGACCAUCCUGGCUCUCUUCCUCGGUACAGGAUCGUAUUAUUACUUGGACAGAGAGAAACAAAAGUUAGAAAUUCAAAAAGAAGCUGAAGCGAAUAGGGGUUAUGGGACUCCAUUGGUUGGUGGACCCUUCAAACUGAAGGAUUAUAAUGGGAAUGAGUUUACUGAGAAAGAUCUAUUAGGAAAGUUUUCAAUCAUAUACUUUGGUUUCAGCCACUGUCCCGACAUCUGUCCCGAAGAAUUAGACAAACUUGGAGGUUGGUUAAAUGAUUUAGAGAAACGAGGAAUAAAAAACUUACAGCCGAUAUUUAUCACUUGUGACCCAGUAAGAGACACACCAGAAGUCCUGAAGAAAUACCUCAGUGAUUUUCAUCCUGGCAUUAUUGGAUUAACAGGAACUUAUGAUGAAAUAAAGGAUGUCUGUCAUACCUACAAAGCUUUCUUUGCCACUCCAAGAGAUAAAUCAUUUGAUGACGACUAUGUUGUAGAACAUUCAAUUUUCUUUUACUUGAUGGAUCCGGAGGGACAGUUUAUAGAAGCAUUAGGUACUCCCUAUGACGAAAAGAGUGGAGCUGACAAGAUUGAGCAACAUGUUAAAGCGUUUGUACCAAGUAUUGAACGUGAAAAACACAACAAUAAGUGGUACUCCUUUCUAUUUAGAUAA